ACUCCUUGCGCUGAAUAACCAACCUGGGUUCAGUAAUUUUCAUAUAAAAUACAAUAAUCCCAUGUACUCCAACUGUACACACGUGCUAACAUUCCGCAAUUUCUUCCCUCGUCCUUACAGUGUAGAUUACCGUGAGCAGGCAGGUGGGCGACCACAGGUAUGGCGUGACAACACCGCAUCCACCGCCAGGAGAGCCUAUCUCCACCUCGCUGGCACCGAUGUGGGAGUCGCUGAGGGCAUCGACCCGUCCCUGACGGCCACUCGCGUCGCAGACAUGGGCUUCGGUGACGGCCUACCCACACACCUGGGCGAGGGCAUGAGUUCCAGGAUCUUCGGGAACGUUCUAGAUGAUCUGGACUCGCUGGGGAAUGAAAUAGACUCUGGUGGCCGUGAGAGUGCUGGCGAGGACGACCUGGAGGACGAAUCAGUGGGUCUGGUUGUUCGCGAUGUGGAACUGAAUGACUCCGCUGUGUACCGCUGCCGUGUUGACUUUCUCUUGACUCCCACACGCAACACCCGCGUUAAUCUCACUGUUGUAGUGCCACCACAGCGAGUAGGUGUGAGGUGGUGGAUGGGUGAGCGAGGGGACCCUGAUAUAGACAGCCAAGUUGGUCCCUUCCGCGAGGGAGAUUCUCCUUCCCUCGUGUGUUACACGCGAGAUGCGUGGCCUCCUCCACGAGUGGUAUGGUUCGAGGACGAUAUGCUCGUAGACGACACGUACGCAAUGGACGCGUCGAACGAGGCCAUGGAGAACACCAUCACUCUACAGCACCUGACCAGAGCACACCACCGUCGCCGCUUCACUUGCGUCGUAGCAAAUUCUAAUCUCACCAGACCCAUCGCAGCCACUGUUCACAUCCAGAUGGCGCUGGAUGUGUUGAGCGUGGAGAUGGACAAGGUUGGGGUGCUGUCAGCUGGGGUUCAGGCGGAGGUCAAGUGUACCGUCUGGGGAUCGAGUCCCCCACCCAUCGUCACCUGGUCGCUGGCUGGUACCCUCCUACCCUCCGCCAAACCCUGGGUCUCAGACGACGGAAACAGGAGCGUGUCGAUGGUGAGCUUCACGCCUCAGCCUCGUCACGACGGGACUCAGCUGGACUGUUCAGCCCACAACCCCGUCAUUCUGGGAGAUACGCCUCACCUCCACCCACCGGCCGACCACCGUCACUCCACUGUCCUCACUGUCAACUACGCGCCGAGAGUGAGCGUGUCGCUGGGCAGGAACCUCGACGCCACCAACAUCAAGGAAGGAGACGAUCUCUACUUCGAGUGUACUGCCAUUGCCAAGCCUCCACCUCACAAGGUCACCUGGAGCCAUAACCAGGGUGGGCAGCUGGAGUCGUCAGCGGGGGUGUUGGUGUCCAACAUGACUCUGGUACUGCAGAAGGUCGCUCGCUCCAACGCUGGAACCUACACCUGCCACGCCACCAAUACUGAAGGAUCCACAGCCUCUCCGCCUCUCACCCUUGACGUCAAGUAUGCCCCAGUGUGCGCCUCCGACAAAGUGUCCCAGCACAGUGUCGCUAAACAUGAGAACGCUCGCAUCUCCUGCAAUGUCUUAGCCAAUCCACCCAUUGUCAAUUUCAGCUGGGCCUUUAACAAUACCGCAGAGGCAGUCAACGUCCCCAAGGACAGGUACAUCAUCGUAGGCACGGAGUCCGUGGUGAACUAUACGCCCGUUACCGAGCUGGACUACGGUACCCUCCUGUGCUGGGCCAAGAACGACAUUGGCACGCAGAUCCAUCCUUGUGUCUUCCAGAUAGUGGCCGCAGGAAAGCCCGACCCUCCACACAAUUGCCGAGCGUACGAUGUGACAAUCAGCUCCCUGCAGGUGUCCUGUUUACCUGGCUACGACGGAGGACUCGGCCAGACGUUUAUAUUAAAGGUUCUGGAGGCUAACGGAGAUUACAAGGAGGUGGUUGAGGUGAGUCGAGAUUCAGCCUCCUUCUCUGUGGCUAACCUGAGACCUGCCACGACCUAUCGCCUUCUCGUCACGGCUACCAACGCGAAGGGAGAAUCCCGACCGGCUGAGCUCCCAGCCUAUACCGCGGCUCUCAACCACCCUCAACACGAAACUCCUGCUGAGCCUACUCGCGGGCGUGAGAGUGGGGCGGAGGUGGCUGUGGGCGUGCUGGUGGGCGCGGUGCUAGCGUGCUUGCCCGUGGCCAUCGCUGUGGUGGUGAUGGGCGUGCGCACAUGUAUGCGUCUGCGGGCGGCGAGGCGCGGGCGGGGAGAGGCGGGGGAGAAAGAUGCACCGGACAUGGAGACUGGCCCUACUGGAAGACCCUUGCUUACUGGCCAAGGAACGCCAGGCUCAGCUCUCGGGGGUUCAGCAGAGAGCGCUUCUGACAUCACCACUAUCACUGGUGGCGUGGCUCUCUCCACCACCACCAUGCCUCCUACACCUUCGUCUAUCCAGUCUGACACCCAGGUCACUCAGGUGGCAGCCACAGACACUUCCAGCUUGCUAUACCCGGGCAGUCGCAUCUAUAGCCCAGACCGAGCCCAGGAGGUAGUGGGUCCGCAGGUGCUGACUGCCACCACAGCUCCACUGCGACGGACUCCCUUUAGCACUCUUGAGGAGAAAUUCGAAGGCGACAACGAAUUGAUGGAAAUUACUCUUCCACCCCCAGCAGCAUACGACCAGGGCUACCAGUCCUCUUACCCGGGAUGUCAGCCUCUGGAUCAGCGCUAUCAACUACAAGAGCACGGACCCCAGCGACUAAAACAAAACUAUCCAAAAGUUUUCCACGAUUAUCAGCCAGUUCUCCCUGGAGGCCACCUCCCCACACCUGGGUAUCCUUCAGUGGCUAUCAAGGGUGGCCACCCAAGCCUGCAGUACAUAUCCUCGGUGGCCAUUCCCCCAGAUUAUCACUUUCCAAGCAAAGACCAAGUAGGCGCAUCUACGAAGGUAUCCACUUCAUCGCCCUACGCUACUCUGCCUCACAGCAAAAUCACUGCCUCAUCGUCAUUCGCCACUUUGCCGACAAAUAAAGAUGCGAAUCCAGAGAACAGAAUCGAAGACUCUAAAAUGUCGACGGUUUACAAUCCUCUGUCGCUGUUCGCGUCGAGUCCGACUUACGCGCAGAAGUGUGGCACUGCGGCGAUGGUAGGGAGUGAGAGAGCACUCAACACCGGCUCACUCAAGCGGGGAGUCAAGCCACAGGGACAAGAUGUGCUCAGAAUAAGAGACAACUCGAGGAACCGAAGUGCCAGUUUAUCCUCCGUUACCUCAAAGAGGGAGAGCUCAGUCUAACGCAAGCCCACUUCAAAAUGCCUUUUUUUAAACAUGUUUGAAACCUUUUUGACAUUACAUGGGCAAGACCUUUUUCUUUGUUUUAGGUGACAAUUUAUAACAUUAGUACAUAUGGGAAUCCUCACACUCCCCAAAAAAUAUUUUGUCUAGGAAAAGCCAGUUUCUGGAUUUGGAGCGACAAAAGAAUAAUAGAGAUAUUUUCUAUACAAUCUUUCAGGCAUAAUUGUUUUGAAAUAGUGUUGUAGUGUACGUGACCUUGUUGUAUAUUAGAAUGUUACGUAGGGACUGAGAAAAUGUGUUUGGAAAUGCGCUUAGAGGCUAAGAAAAGUUUCUUGGAGGCUGAAGAAAGAUAACGAGAAGCUGAAGAAAAGGGGUACUUGGGUAAAUGAAAAAAGCUAUCUGGGAAUGAGGAAGUAUGCAUGAAACAAAGCGUGCAUGGAGCUGGAGAUAUAUUAGAAGCUGUGGAUAUAUGCAUGGAGACUGUGGUAAGGUACAUGAAAUCUGGGGAAAGGUACUUAGAGGAUGAAAAAUGUAGCUGGAAGGAUAAAAAUGCUACUUGGAGGCUGAAACAAAACGACAAUUGAGCCCAGAAAAUCAACUGGGGUUGAGGAAAUCAACUUGGAGCUACAAAAAUGUUCCUUGAAUAGAUUCUUGGAGGCUGAGGAUAGUUAUCCGGAGGCUCAGGAUAGUUAUCUGGAAGCUGAGGAUAGUUAUCCGGAAGCUGAGGAUAGUUAUCCGGAAGGUGAAGAGAGUUUUCCGGAAAGCUGAUGAUAGUUAUCCGGAGGCUGAGGAAAAGUUUAAAGUUAAAUCAACGAACUGCUCACACUGAGGCCGAUUUUGAGUAUUAUUUUGUAUUGGCUGAACAAAUAUACGAAAUCCUUUAAAUGUUAUUUGUUAAUACGUUUCAGUAAUUGCAGCCUUUAAGACGACAGUAUGAAAUACGCAAAAGAUAUUCUCAGUUAAUUCGUAUUACGGACGAAUUCUUUGGCUUAAAAACGAUAGUGCGAUAUAGAGAGGAGACAUUUUAUGGCCUAAUUCAUAUUAGCAACUACCAACUUGCCUUAAGGCGACGGUACGUAAUUUCCUUCAUUUCUCGUGAGAUCUUGGAGGAAGCAUUAGCCUAAGUCCUCACUGCUUAGCAUUAGGUGUUUUGAUCAAGAGAUCAACCCAAGACGACUUUCAUUGGUGAUGUAAAUCGGGCAAGCCACCCAUUACUGCUGUUAACAGAAGCUUGGCUGUGGGAACACCGCUCCUUAACUUCAAUCCACUUCCUUAGCCACACCUAUACGAGGCCACAUACACACCUACUCAAGGCCACAUACACACCUACACAAGGCCACAUACACACCUACACUAGGCCACAUACACACCUACACGAGUCUAAAUACACACCUAAACGAGGUCACACCACCUAGAAGAGGCCACAGCACACACACGAGGCCAUGCAGACCAUCUACAUUAGGCCACUUACCUGGAGUUUACCUGGAGAGAGUUCCAGGGGUCAACGCCCCCGCGGCCCGGUCUGUGACCAGGCCUCCUGGUGUAUCAGAGCCUGAUCAACCAGGCUGUUGCUGCUGGCUGCACGCAAACCAACGUACGAGCCACAGCCCGGCUGGUCAGGAACACUUCGUUGAAGAUUUUUAAUAAAACGCUGAAGCUGCAUUUAUACACUAUUAAAAUGUUCAAUAACAGUAAAUAAAUAUAUAAGAAAAGUUCAUGUGUGAAAAGCAUUUUAAAUAAUUAUUGUGGAAAAAAAGAACAAUUUCAAAAAGCACAUAUCCAAUUUUAGCGUUUAAGAAGACUCCGACAUCAAAGGAGCUUUUGAAAAUAGUGCAGCUGCCAAGGAAAGGAAGAGGCUGGUGCAAGAUAUGAUCAUCUUGUCUUGCCUGGUAUACACCCGCUUGUGGCUGACAGCCUUAAGAAGAAGGCUACCCAUUUUCUUAAGUCUGUUUUCAGGAAUUCUCUUUCAUGUUAUUACCAGCAUUUGCAAAACUACUAUAGUGAGAGAUAAAAUUGCUUUCUUUAAAUUCAUUCAUAGAUAUUUACUGGCUACCCCUUCACCAGCAUAUUAAAUUCACUCUAAAAACAGUCGCCUUACUCACUACGAUCUAACACACUCGAUUAUGACUAAUGGAUACUCAAGUCACUACCUCUUAAUACAGUCUUCAGACAUUCCUUCCUCCUAAGUUGCUUCUCCCUAUCGAUUUAACCAGUUCACUCUAAAUACCUCCUGAAAUAAGACAUAAAAUGCAGAUCUUAUUGGGACAACAUUGUCUCAAUAAAAGCUUGGUCGCCCGCUUGUGUCUGUGUCUUCAUACAUGUGAACAAUAUGGUGUUUCAUUCAACUGUUCCAAAGUUCAAUGUUUGAACAACACUUUGAAUACAUUUAGUUUUUAAUUUCUUUAUUCUUUUUUUUUUUUUUUUUUUUACACAGGGUUUGACAAGGUUAAGGAUCCCUAGCUUUAUUGACAGCUAUUUACAGGUUAAGGAUUCCUAACUUUAUUGGCAAGCUAAGAGCUGUUACCUACAUCAGCUCAUUUGAAAGCAUUUUUAUUGUUAUGAGACAUACUAGUAGGAAACAGGAUGAAGUUGGAGCCAUCUGUGGGCCAGCAUUUUCAUUUGAUCAACUGACUUUAUCUCGUUGACAUCAUUAUGCUGUACGAAUGUGUUCCAUACUCUAGUCAUCCUGGGUAUGUAUGAUCUCAGAUGGAGUGAUGUUCUGGAGAAGGGUAGAGCCAGAGUGAAGUUGCUGCUUUCUGCCCGUCUUGUGGCAUAAAAGCUUGUUUCACGCUGUCCUUAUUCACUUCAUAAUUUUCAAUUCGCUCUCAUUCUUCUCCUCCCCCUACUCUUCAUUCUCCACCGACGUCUCUGUUAUAUCUAUUCGUCUCUCACAUUCUCCUCUUCACACCACACACCUCAGACAUUACAUACUCGCCUUCUCUAUCUUCUACUCGCAGUGCGGUAAAGAAAAAAAUGCCUCGAGGUCGAGAAAUGCGUUCCUGUUUAGCGAACUACAGGUGGAGGACCGAGCUUCCACCAGCCUUUACGCUGAUUGCCCACAAAGAUGUUGCGGUUUAUGUAAAUAUAAGAAUUCAACUCGCUGCAACAUGCAUACAAGUGUCAGCAUAACUCCACUCUAAUACAUUAUC